AUGAAUGAACAACUUGCAAGAAAAUCAGUUUCCAAAGCCCAGAUUCCAAAAACUAGAAGCCUUACAAGGUCUCAGAAUAGCCAAGAAGAAAACAAGGCAGCACUAAAGAACGAAGUCAUGUUUACAGGUUCUCGUGAAUCCUUGGCAUCAACACACAGAAAGGAGUCAAAAACAAAAGCAAAAGGCACUCGUUUAGAGAAAGACAAGAUAGGAAUGGAGGUCAAGGUAGGCAGCAGCACAAGAAUGGGAAAAACACAGGAAGCCCAAGUAAAAAAGAGUGAGUCUGGAAUACUAAAAAGACAAGAAACCCGAGAAAGGAAGAGUGAGAUGGAUAAAAGACGAGCAUCUCAAGUAAAGAUUGAGGUAAGGACACCAAAAAGACAGGAAUCCCAAACAAAGAGGAGUGAAUCAGUUGUACCAAAAAGACAAAAAUCCCUAAAAAGAAAGAGUACCAAAAGUGUACCAAAAGGGCAGGAAUCCCAAGAAAGGGUGAUUAAGGUGAGUAUGCCAAAAGAUCAAGAAGUCCAAGAAAAGGAGAGGAAGAAAAGUAUACAACAAGGACAGGAAGGUCAAGAAAAGAAGAAUGAGGUGGGUGCACCAGAAGGACAAGAUCAAGAAAAGAAGAGUGAGGUGGAUGUACUAAUACAGGAAGUUCAAGAAAAGAAGAGUGAGGUGGAUGUACAAAUACAGAAAGUUCAAGAAAAGAGUGAGGUGGAUGUACUAAUACAGGAAGUUCAAGAAAAGAAGAGUGAGAUGGAUGUACUAAUACAGGAAGUUCAAGAAAAGAAGAGUGAGGUGGAUAUACUAAUACAAGAAGUUCAAGAAAAGAAGAGUGAGAUGGAUGUACUAAUACAGGAAAUUCAAGAAGAGAAGAGUGGGGUGGGUAUACCAAGACAGGAAGGUCAAGAAAAGAAGAGUGAGGUGGAUGUACCAGGACAGAAAACUCAAGAAAGGAGUGAGGUGGGUGCACCUGGAGAACAGAAAGAUCAAGAAAAGAUUGAGGUGGGUGCACCUGAAGAACAGAAAGAUCAAGAAAAGAGUGAGGUGAGUGUACCUGAAGAACAGGAAGCUUAA